AUGUCGUACACGGCGGCUCACAAAUAUGCCCCAAAAUUCGCGGUAGACUGUACGGUUGAGUGCUCGUUUCGCCCAGAGCUACGUGUUCAUCAUUUGGUCAAUGGUUCGACGCGUGCUGUGCAUGUCUACGCGCGGCUCGACACACCAUCGGCGUCUUCUUCUCGAACAGAUAUCCAGCGCCUUGUCCGAGGCGUAUUAAGCUCAGCAAUCCGACCAGCUGUGCACGUUCGGAUGCCAAACGGAAGGAAACGAAUCGAUAACGAUUUCGUAGCGAGAGGCAUUCGCUUAGCAAUGCACGAUAUCGCUCGUCUCAGGGAGCGGAUUGACAUGUACAUGAGCACUGUUCCAAAGUUCACAAAUCCGAACACGCUUCCACGCUUGUUCAACGGUCGUGGCAUUGUGAUUGUCGGUAGCUCUUCGAAUGUGAAGUACUCCACCGGUUACUGGAUCGCUAUACACUCCAUUCGUCGCGCAGGUUGUCGGCUUCCCAUUGAGGUGUGGUUUCCUCGAGGUGAAAUUCCGACGAUAUUGCAGACGGAAGAGCUCCGAAAGCUAGGCGCAACCGUUCGCACACUCAAGCCAACGAAGUUUCAUAGUCGAUUCUCGAUGAAACUUCUCUCCGUGGCGAUGAGUGAUUUUGACGAGAUACUUUUCAUGGAUUCGGACAACAUAGCCCUGCGAGAUGUGAGCGAGCUGUUCGAUUCGAUUUCCUUCAUGAGCACAGGAGCUCUACUUUGGCAAGAUUUUUGGGUGGCGAGCGUUGCCCCCGAUUUCCAUGAGAUUUUACCACCGUCGCCCGAGCUUGCGUUUAAUGGCACGCAUGAGAGUGGACAAUUUAUCGUGCAGAAAUCUCGUAUAUGGCGAGCGCUUUGCCUGGCUUUGUUCUUCAACGCGCACGCAUCGUCCAUCUUCUCGCCGCUGGCGAGCAACUACAUGGGUUGGGGGGACAAGGAGUUCCUCUUCAUCGCCUUGGCGGCGACGCAGACGCCGUUCUCCCGCGUCGAGCACCUCCCCCACCAUAUCGGCGUCGACGUUCAGGCACGGAGAUCGGUGUACGGAAACGCGAUGCUACAGUUCGACGAGCACGGCGGGCCGAUGUUCCUGCACGCGAACAUCGGUAAGAUCGUCGCCGACGACGUUCCCGCAAACUUCACUCGAUACAACCGUCGAUGGACGACGCAAGACGAUGGCAACACCGUCAAGGAUGUCCGAGAACUCCUCCAAAACGCCACCGGUGAGGCCGAUUUCGAGCGUUGGCUUCACGGCGUCCUGGUCGACGUCCGAUUCGGAGUACUGAACGACUCGCGUCGUCAUCGACGAAACAUCCGCCUCCGCGCUCAACGACGCUGGUACCUCGAUCCCUCCGUCGUGCUCGCCCGCGCGCCCCUCCUUGAGGGGAUGUUUCUCGACGACCACCCCGGUCGACGCGUGCGGCGCGUCGGCUAA